GUCGCUGCCUUAUCUUUACUCUAAUAUCAGCUCUGUCCAUCCGCUCCGGGAGACGCUCAUAAAACUGUUGCUAUAUAUCACACCGUCCACGGAAGAAGACGAGGAGAGAGAAAGCGAAGGCAAGCGUACAGACGGAGAGGGAGGUGUGAAGGUCAGAUGCCGAAAUCAUCAUCACCGUCACCCACCAUCACACCCAUGAACAAAACCCACCCCCAAACCCUAACCCUAACCCCACCCCCUCCCCCAACCCUAAUCCCCAAUCCCGCUCCCCAAGACGACGACAACGAGGACGACGACGACGACCUCCUCCACCUCCAAUCCUACCCCCAAUCCCUCCUUAUGGACGAGGAGGAUGAUCCCGAGCCCAACCUAACCCUCUAUCCAUCCCAGUCCUCGAUCCCUCGCCCUAACCCUAACCGUAACGCUAACCCUAAUUCCAACCAUUCCCCCUUCUCCUCCCUCCUCUUCCGCGACCCCAACGACGACGGGGAGGAGGAGGCCGCCGACGAGGACGACGACGAGAUCGAGGGCAACGACGACCACAAGCCCGGCCUCAACGGCCAUACGGUCUCCGUCGCCGACGCUCCCGCCCCCGCCGCCGUCCCUGUUCCCCCGGCCCUUCACAUCGACCCGUCCCCCCACAUCUCCUCCCAGUUCUACACCUUCAACCGCGACUCCCACGCCCUGAUGGUCCGGUGCAUCCUGGAGGGCCGCCUCGCGACGCCCGACGAGAUCCGCGGUGCCACUCCCGCUCCCGUCCUCAAGUCGUGGCGCUCCGUGUGGAAGGACCGCAACGAAGACACCGCCUACCUCACGGCUUGGAAGCGCAUCCAGGACAAGCUCGCCGCCCACCUCGACCUCGCCUCCGGCUCCCUCCCCGCCCUCUUCUUCAAGAACAACCCCAACCAGCGCGUCUCUCAUGUCGACCAGUGGCAGGACAUCGUCACUGCUGCCCAUGCCGACCCAGACCUGCUCCGCCACCUGGGCCUCAAGGAAACCGUCGACCGUAUCAAGAAGUCUUGGACUGUCGGUGCCAAGUUCUAUGGCAUUCCUGAGUCGUUCAUCCGGGUCUGUGUCUCCUCCUGUCCUGUCUGCACCUCCGCUUCCUCCACUGUGUCCGCAGGUGGUGCUUCUGCUGCUGCGCGUUCCAAGCGCCGGCGGUUUGAGUACACCGAGUCCUUUGAUGUGCCCGCCAAGGAUGUGCCCCGCCAGCUCCAGCAGCUCGCGGCCAAGCACAAAGUGGUGCUUUGCAUCCGUCAGAAGUACAUUCGCUACAAGCCCUUCAUGGCCGAGGUGAAGGACUAUGCCUGCCACCGAGCUGGGGAGCCAUCGUCAGCCUCUGCUUCCUCGAAGAAGGCCAGGGUCUUGAAGAGAGAGCCUUACCAGUCCAAGCGGUGUGGGUGUGGGUUCCGAAUCCGGGCCAUUGUUCCCAUUGCCAACUAUAAUGAGAAAGAGAAGACCUUUGUAUAUCAGGAGGAGGGCACUGCUGUUUUUAAACUGUAUGCCGUGCACUCUGGGCACGAGCCAGGCCCGCUUGAUGGAAAUGCUAGGAUCAUCCACCGGGUGGUUGGGCAAAAGGGGGGUUUUGAUCUUGACCCAGUGGACUAUGGGGUCAGGGAGGAAGCUGAGACGGAGUCAUUUGUUAACCUUAUGGGGAAGGACGACUGUGAGAAUCCCCACCAUAUGGUACUGCAGCUGGUCCAAGAGAUCAGGGUGGAGGCUGGGUUGCUGGAGGGGAAGAUUGCUAAAAUGCCACCAGAGAUGCUGGGUUCUCUGUCGCACAAUCUGUUGGAUAUUCUUCACAGGCUGAGGACUGUGGCUAUAACUCAGCACUCGGAGGAGUCUUUGGUAGUAAGCAAUGAGGAGCUUGGGCAGUGGGGUCAUGAUGGCAACCAUCACCUUGACAGCCAUGAUAGGAUAUUUGCUAAGGAUGCAGAAAUGAUUGAAGAGGAGGAGAAUGAUUUUGAUUCCACUCUCGGGGCCAUUGUUCCAUGGGACAGGAUGUCAGCAGAGUGCCAUGAUAGGAAGCUGCUUAUGAGGGAGGGCUUGAAGCCUGACAAGUGGAUGAUGAAGGAGGACUGUGGUGACUUCGACGAGAAGAGCAUUCUCAAUUGUGGCGAGGAUGAGGACUCCAAGCUGAUAAAGCCCUUAAGGGAUGAUGGGACGAUUGUGCCGGACCCGAAUCUAGUAGGGAUGCAGGUGGAUGGAUUCUAUCCUGAUACUACCAAGUGGUAUGAUUCGCCGAGUGGCUUGGAUCCGGGUGCAGAUUCUGGGGAUGGUGGGUUUAGGCAUGGAGGAAUUGUGUGAGGUAGUGUUUAGGAGUUGCCUGGUUUAUCUUCCUUGAUGUUGGAAGGAAAGGAUCUGUAAAUUCUGUACACUAGAGGAAACUUGGGACCCAUAUCUUCCCUUUAUUACGUGGAGAUUCCCUGCAGUAUCCUGUUGGUUGUUUUAUACACAGGUUGCUUUUAUCAAUUAAACCAUGUUUUAGUUGGCUUA